GUUUCGCUUUGUUCCGUGCUCCCUUGCAAGUCAAUUCAAUACAGCGGUGACGCCGACCCAACACCAGCAAGUACGCCGCGACCAUGGCAGAACGAACAAAUCCCAAUAUGCUCUUCGCCAACUUCAACCAAGACUACUCUUGCAUAUCCGUAGGCACUCGGAAGGGUUACAGUAUCACGAAUUGUGAUCCCUUCGGCAGGGUUUAUACCAUGAACGACGGAGCGCGCGGAAUUGUGGAGAUGCUCUUCUGCACGUCACUUCUUGCUCUUGUCGGCGCAGCAGAUCAACCUCAGUCGAGUCCUCGCAAGUUGCAAAUAGUGAAUACAAAGCGUCAAUCCAUGAUAUGCGAGCUCCUCUUCCCCUCUUCCAUCCUUGCCGUCAAACUUAACCGCAAGACUCUGGUUAUUGUACUCGAGACCGAAAUAUACAUAUACGACAUAUCUAACAUGCGACUUCUCCACGUCAUUGAGACUGCGCCAAAUCCAGAAGCAAUAUGUGCUCUGUCUCCGAAUGCAGAACAGUCCUACCUUGCCUACCCGUCGCCUGUUCCGUCACCUUUAACGCCUGGAGGUUCAUCUGGAUCGGCAGCUCUGGAUUCGUCCUCGGGCGAUGUGCUUCUCUUUUCCACUACGACAUUAACGCUAACUAAUAUCAUACGUGCACAUAAAUCUCCACUCUCAGCACUUGCUAUUUCUCCGUCUGGUACCCUUCUUGCCACUGCAUCCGACAAGGGAACGAUCAUUCGCGUAUGGAGUGUACCAGGGGCCGAGAGACUAUGGCAGUUUAGAAGAGGAACACGAGAAACGAAGAUUUACAGCAUGGCAUUCAACACUGUAGGAAGCCUUUUAGCCGUUAGCUCGGCACAUGACACAGUCCAUAUCUUCAAACUGGGAGGACGACAGGUUUCCGGGAACUCGAAAAAGGAUAGACCUUCGAGUCCGUUAGAAAGUAUAGACAGCAAGGACCAGGAUGAUGGGAGGGCUGCAGGGGAUUACGACACAUUUGUGGAUGAGCGAAAGAAGAGCGGUGGCGUUUCUGCGUCCCUUCGACGACGUUCUCUCCAUCUCACGAAAUCAUUGUCUUCUUCUGUUGGGGGAUAUCUCCCUCAUACGAUUACGGAAAUGUGGGAACCAGCCCGAGACUUUGCAAACUUGCGCCUUCCAACGAGCGGAGUGAGGUCAGUGGUUGGACUAAGUAGCACUCUCCCCCAAGUUAUGGUGAUUUGUUCAGACGGCUACUUCUAUGCGUACAGCAUCGAUCUUGAGAAUGGUGGGGAGUGCAUGCUGAUGAAACAGUACAGCAUCGUAGACUCUGACCCUGCGGGAGGGGAAUAGCUCUAGUCUCUGGACGGGUCAGUGAGUGCUUUAGGCCUCCUCUUUCAUUUCUGCCUGUCUGGGUUUUUGGCACUGUAACUUGUGACUGCUGUAAUACCUUCCGAGCGUUGCAACGGAGGGUCCUCCAUGAUCACCAGCAUUCUGCGUACGUAGUGGAUACAUUAAAUUUGACC